GCAUGUAAAGACCAGCAGAAGCAGCUGGAGACUCAAGCGGACGCUUCACCUUCACAGCAUCACAUCCAGACAGAUUCGUGUUAGACUCUUCUUCGUGACAGUCGAGGGGUUUUGCGCAAUCAUUUUGAUAUGGAUUUGGUAUCUUUGUUCUCUUCAAGAUUUACGAACGAGAUCUGCCACACGAAACUUCACAAUUUUAAGAAGAGUAAGUGACUUCUAAGACUGAAUACAAAAAUGGAUGUAAGAACCCAAAUAAACACAUCUGAAGAUGGAACCCUGAGCCAGCUAAAUCAGUCCACAAACUGUUGUGCACCAGACACUGCUGAAGUUGAUGCAGCCUUACUGGAUGGUCUGGAAGACAGUACAAAACUGGUGGGUGUUCAAGUGAUCUUGAUUUUGGCUUACAGCACCAUCAUUUUUUUUGGCAUGACCGGGAACUCCUUGGUCAUAUAUGUCGUAUACAAGUUUCGCAAUUUACACACGGUGACUAACUAUUUCAUUGUCAACUUGGCUGUAGCAGACUUGCUGGUAAACACAUUGUGUUUACCUUUUACUUUGAUGUACACACUCUAUGGAGAGUGGAAAUUUGGACAGGUGAUGUGUUACCUAUUGCCGUACGCACAAGGCUUAGCAGUCCACGUUUCAACCAUCACACUUAACGUUAUAGCACUGGACAGAUACCGUAGCAUCGUCUACCACAUGGAAACCAAGAUGUCUAAAGACAUGUGCGUAGUUGUCAUCGCCAUCACUUGGGUGGCAAGCGCGAUCCUCGCUAGCCCUCUUGCUAUUUUCCGUGAAUAUGUGACCUUUGACCUUUCACCUGAGCAGACGAUUCAAGGUUGCGCAGAAAAGUGGCCUGGAAGUAGCACAGAUGGAACCAUCUACAGCAUCGCCAUGUUUUUUCUACAAUAUGGCCUGCCGUUGUCCAUCAUUUCAUUUGCAUACACUCGGAUUUGGAACAAGCUAAGAAAUCAUGUCAGCCCCGGCGGUGGCCGCAGCGACCGCCAUCAACGAAGACAGAAAACAACAAAAAUGCUUGUAGCUGUAGUGGUGGUCUUCACCGUUAGCUGGCUGCCAUUUCACGCCUUCCAGCUUGCUGUGGACAUCGACAGCAGUGUAUUAGAAAUAAGAGACUUCAAAUUGCUCUAUACAGCUUUCCAUAUUGUUGCCAUGUGCUCCACUUUUGCAAAUCCUAUCCUCUAUGGUUGGAUGAAUAGGAACUACAGAGGAUCUUUUGUUGCUGUGUUCAAGUGUGGAAGGAUAAAUAAUGGAAUGAGAAGGGUUAGCAGCAGUGAGGCAGUAAGGGAAAAAUGUACACGUAAUUUGGAAAACACAAUCAGUAUUGCUCUUACACAAGCAAACACACUUGUGUGACGGCUGCUUGGUUUCUGAUAUAUCAAAAUGUGAACAUAACAAUGACGAAAAUGUAAAAAGUUUAAGGAAAAGGAAGAUUGUAAGUAAAUUUGAAGUUAUGAGAC